AUGAGAAAAGUACCACAGCCAGUUGUAGUUGUUACGACGUGUAAACCCGAAGACCCCAGCUAUCGACGAGGCAUCACCGUGGCUUCAUUCACUUCUGUCUGUUUACAUCCGGAACCACUUGUGUCGUUUUGUGUUCGAGUGCCUUCACGAGCUUCACAACUAUUGCAUUCGUCUGGCAGCAUGGUUCUCAAUAUGCUCAGUCACGAGCAAGUACAGCAGUCCGUCGUGUUCUCUUCACCAAGCGCUGACCAGUUCAAAGAUAUACCCUUUUUUGACGAUCCAAUGACAGGACUACCUGUCCUGUCGGGGACUGUAGGAGCAAUGCACUGUGAGGCUUACAAGGUGAUUGAACUAGGUGACCAUGAAAUGUGGAUCACAAAGGUCAUUCGAGUGGAAGAAGGUGUUGGAGGAGAGCAUGGUGUACGUGAAGAGGCUAAACCACUGCUUUAUUACGACCGAGGAUACAGAAGUGUUGGUGAUCAAGUGUUUAUGAAAGCAUUCACAGAGGGUGAUGGUACUUUGGAUACAACAAAGUGGACACAUCGAGCACAUCUCAGAUUGGCCUGGAAUUAUAUUCGUGAGCUUGGACCUGAUGCUGCUGAACCAGUGAUCAAAAAGACAAUACAGAGUCACUUCAAAAGGGAUGCGAAAAAGAGUCAAUCGUAUAAUGAAACAAUUACCAUGUUUUAUAUCGCAUUAGUAUCUGCUGCGAUGCGAUCGUAUAAGGAGUACGAGAACGAUUUUUUUGCGCUUGUUGAACGAUAUCCAGAAUUACUAGACCCAAAGACGAUUGAAACUUAUUAUUCACCAAAAGUGUUGCAUACAGAAAAGGCUAAGCAUGAAUUCGUUGAACCAGAUCUUCGUCCAUUACCAGAAACACUAUAA